GACUUGCUAAUGGCUUUAUCAAAGUUUAAACAAGUUUAAAGUUCAGGUUCGGUUCCAGAUAAAUUCGUUUCGCGGUGAAGAGGAAUCGGUGCGAAAUAAAAUCGCGUGGAAAACACUAAAAUACACACAACGAAAAUCUGUCGCAAUGUCGGAGUCGCGUCCGCCAAAACAAAAGGUCCGAAAUAGUCGUUUCUCUGGAUCGGUUCCAAGACGGUCGAGGGCGUAGUUUCGGUCUCGUGACCGCCUGCACGACCGGAUUCCGAUCCUAUUGAAGUUUUUUAUUUUUUUCGCGUCCGUUCGGUGCAGUCAAAACAUUCGUCACGUUGAUCGUUGAUUGUUAAAUGAGGCGCUAAUUGUUCCCGCGUCGAGCACAAAAACUAAGAUGUGGGGGUCCCCCCAUCUGUUCUCCGAUGAAGUGACAGUCCUGACGUUUAUGCGAUUCGAGGAUGAACCGGUUAGCCGAAACGUCAAUCGGUAAUCCUUAAAAUCGAUCCGUAAUCCGUUGUCACGAGUGUUGCACAGAUAAGAUUCAGUGACGGCCACUUGUCCCAUUCCGAGUGAUCCGAUGCACAAAUCCUACCCAGAUUGAUUGCACUGACAUUCGAUUGUUGGAACCGAGGAGGCCAUGUGGAUCAUUUAAAGCGGAGGAGGGCAACGUAAGAGGCAAAAUAGGAUGGAGCGAAUCGACGAGUUGGACGAAAAGUCCAACCAAAAGUUCGGACUCGGAUACCAGAACACUUUGAUGUACGGCAGAUACAGCAGACAGCUGGGAGAGUUCGCUAAACUAGAAGGUUUAAAGGCGGCAGAAAAACGCAGACAAAAAGAGGAACGAGCUCGGAAAAAGGAACUCAGAGGCUACCAGGGGAAGGUGGCGAAGGCUGUGUCGUUUUUGUGGAAGCACACCUUCGCCCGUUUGGGGGAAGAUUGGGUCUUCCUCGCACUAUUGGGCUUGAUUAUGGCGGUACUUAGUUUUAUCAUGGAUCGGGGCAUUUCCAUGUGCAACAGUGCCCGAAUCUGGCUGUUCAGGGAUCUGACCAAUCAUCCGGCUGCCCAAUAUGCGGCUUGGGUUUCGCUGCCCGUUUGUCUGAUACUGUUCAGCGCGGGGUUCGUGCAUUUAGUUGCCCCACAAUCCAUCGGUUCUGGAAUUCCGGAGAUGAAGACCAUCCUCCGCGGAGUAGCCCUAAAAGAAUAUCUGACGUUCAAAACGCUUCUGGCGAAAGUGGUGGGCCUCACGGCGACGUUGGGAAGCGGAAUGCCAUUGGGAAAAGAAGGUCCGUUCGUCCACAUUGCUAGCAUCUCGGCGACUUUAUUAAGUAAACUGGUGACCGGUUUCCAAGGAAUUUACGAGAACGAAUCCAGAACCACUGAAAUGUUGGCGGCAGCUUGUGCCGUGGGAGUCGCCAGUUGUUUUGCGGCCCCCGUGGGUGGUGUAUUGUUCAGUAUAGAAGUAACGACGGUUUAUUUCGCCGUGAGGAAUUAUUGGCGAGGAUUUUUCGCCGCCGUUUGCGGCGCCACCACUUUCAGACUGCUCGCCGUGUGGUUCCAGAAAGCUGACACGGUCACUGCAGUUUUCAAAACUAACUUUUUCAUGGACUUUCCCUUUGAUCCUCAAGAGUUGUUCGUCUUCGCUCUAAUGGGAGCAUUUUGUGGUUUGGGAGGAGCGUUUUACGUUUGGACGCAUCGCCAGUACGUGAUGUUUAUGCGCAAAAGCAAGAUAAUCAACAGUUUCCUGCAGAAGAAUCGUUUCCUCUACCCGGGCAUCGUUUCUCUGAUUGUUUCAACGAUCAGCUUCCCUUUAGGCACGGGACAAUUCAUCGCUGGUGAUCUUACCACUCAUGAUCAGGUUGCCAGUUUGUUUAGCAACUUCACUUGGACUAAUUCUAAUUUGACGGUUGAAGAACAGGAGAUUUUAAACCACUGGACGACUCCUUAUACUGGAGUAUAUGUUAAUUUAGUUUGUUAUAUUGUUUUCACGUUUGUGUUUUCGAUUAUUUGUUCAACGGUUCCGGUACCAAGUGGAAGCUUCAUUCCCGUUUUCAAAAUUGGGGCAGGAUUUGGCAGAAUUGUUGGAGAGUUAAUGCAUCUAUGGUUUCCAACAGGUAUGAGAUACGGUGGAAAAGUUGCGAAAAUCAUCCCCGGAGGUUACGCAACAGUGGGGGCCGCAGCGUUCUCCGGUUCCGUCACUCAUACAAUAUCCGUGUCGGUCAUAGUGUUCGAGAUGACCGGACAAAUCACCCACAUCAUCCCCAUAAUGAUUGCAGUUUUAAUUUCAAACGCCAUAGCCAGCUUGUUGGCACCCAGCAUGUACGACAGCAUUAUUUUAAUCAAAAAGCUUCCAUACUUGCCCGAUUUGUUGCCGAGUAGUAGUGGCAUGUAUCACGUGUACGUAGAAGACUUUAUGAUUCGUGAAGUUAGAUACAUUUUCUACGGCAUGACUUACGACCAACUCAAACAACUGUUAAAGGAAAACAGGAGGUUGCAAAGUUUUCCUCUUGUGGACAAACCCGAAAGUAUGGUACUUUUAGGCUCCAUCCAACGGAUACAGCUCAUCCAGUUGAUCGAGAAGCAGAUCGGAAGGGAAAGGCGCCUGGAAGUCGCUUUAAUAAGACAAAGGGAGGCGGAAGAAAAAGCGCGUGAAGAGGCGAUGAGGAAAGCGGAAGAGAGACGCAGAAGACCGUCAAGAUUUCAGGUCGUUCCUGCUCCUGAUAUGUUGCAAAAACAACGAUCCGAAAACCAAUUGGAUCAACCUCAUUACAACCCCGUGUUCGGCAGUCAACCCAAAAAAUCUAUUUUAAAAAAGACUAAUUCGUUUACUUUGAAAGGUUUCAGUCCGUUCAUGUCGACUAGUCCCGGUUCCACCCCUUACACGACCGUAACCGGUGCUGAAAGCAGAAUUCGGUUGGCUUUCGAAGCCAUUUUCAGGAAAUCAGCUCAGCUGCAAGACGUAGAAGCGAGCCAAAGCCAGUCGGUUUUGGGCGCCGGUUCCAUGGAGAACAAAUCGCAGAUCAUACCGAUGAGCCCCACCACCUCCAAGAAAGUGCAGCUGCCCAAGGAACGAGUGUGCGACAUGUCGCCGGAAGACCAAAGGAUUUGGGAGGAGGAACAGAUGCAGCUUCCAGUCGACUUCUCCGUCUGUCACAUCGAUCCCGCCCCGUUCCAACUGGUCGAACGUACGUCGUUACUCAAGGUUCACUCGCUGUUCUCGAUGGUUGGUGUGAACCACGCCUACGUGACGGCCAUCGGCAAACUGGUGGGCGUGGUGGGCUUGAAGGAGCUGCGCAAGGCGAUCGAAGACGCGAACAGCGGAAAUCUGCCUGCGCAUCAGGAGGUUCCGGUUGCGGGCGCUUCGAACGAAGUCAAAGAGAAUUCGGAUGUGGAGGCGGACGUGAACACGCAUUUAGUUACCGACGUUUAGUUUUUAAGGUCGAAGUCGUGUUUUUGUUUUUUUAGGUUUUCCUGAUUGAUGAUUAUUCUUUUAGGAAUGCGAAACGUGAAUACCUCGAUAAGAUAUUACCGAGUUAGGAUAACUGUCCUAUGAUUAUUAUUGUUAUUAUUUAUGAAAAUGUUUAAACGUAAGGAUAAAUUGUGAUAUUAAUUAGAUGUUAAUAUGUAAAAGAUGUAAUAUUAUUUUAAGACAAAUAGAUUGGAUACUCAAUAAAUCAAUUAUUGUUC